CUCUAAUUAAAAUAAUGACUUUUAUCUGCAUCCAGGUUGGCUCUAGAAGUAUCUUUCUCAUUCCAAAAAUCAGACGCAGGACCUCUCUUUCCAACAAUCUUCUCUUCCUCUCUUCAACUGGUUUAGUCAUCUCAAGUAUGCUUUUAACAGAAAGACUACCCGUUCAACCCGUUUCAUCUUCUCAGUUGUGGGUUACAAUUAUUUCAGGAACUCUGAAUUAUAGUUACAAGCACCGUCAACCUAAAAAGAUCCGGAUGCCGAUGUUGCUGUGUUCGAUGGUUGCUGGAUUAGAAGGCGUACCUACGUUCCUACUGUAUGCUGCCUCUUGUUCACGGUAGCCUAGAUUAUAAAAUUUUGUUUAUGUACUUUUCAAACAGAAGAUGUAUUUUCUUCA